CUUCCGCAAGGGCCUUGCAGUAAGAAGACCCAAUGGGGAUAUCUCGAGCAACGACAUUCUUCGCGGAAGGGACAGGACUGCGACGCUGAUCGUUGCCCAAACAACCAUAUUCAAAAGGCAAACUCCAUAUCAGGGAUUGCAAACCUGGCGCAUGGAGACGAUACCCACCAUCCACGACUUGACACUACCACGGCAUCUGACCUACGACACGAUGCUGGUCCUGCCAAAAAUGGACCCAACCCAUCAUGCAAGCCGUUCUGUAUCCUUACCGCGGGCGUUUCUACGGCAUACCAUCAACGCUAUAACGAGAUUGUCAAUACUGCUGCUCAAGGUCGUGGGUACAGCCAUAGCAAUGUUCCUCGUCCCGCGCAUCAUCCACAUCAUGGUCCAGUGCUUCGAUAAUCUAUACGAUAUGCUGGGCCGGCGCGCCCAUUCGCCCUGGGAAACGCAAACACUAUGGGGCUACGGCGCCCUAGCCGCACUAGCCAUCAUGAUCAUCCUGCACGACCUAUUGUUUCGCCUUAGCAACAAUGUAAUCCUGAAUGAAGAUAUCGAGAUGGAGUGGGCGAAGCAGAAGAAACACGGAUAUAGGACAUGGAAGGAGAGGAAAGUGACGUGGGAGAGGAUAUUAGCGAGGUUGGUUAUACCGGGAUCGGUGAUUGGGGGAUUGUGCGUGAUGGCGUGGAGGGUGGUGUGGGUUAUGGGGGGUGCGGAUGUGAGGGAGUUGGUUAGGGCAAAUACUGUAGAUCUUGAGGACGAUGCUAGGGCGGGAUUGGUGUGGAGGGAUCGAUAAAAUCUUAAAAGCCAGGAGAAUGAAAGAACAAACAUCGUUGUGUCAUUACGCUGAA